AUGCAUAUGCUGAAUAUUGCAAGGUUAAAUGAUGAAGUUCAUUUGUACGUGGUUCAUAAUACCAUGGAACCACAGAUAAUAGAAAUGAUUGAUUGGGUUGAUGGUGAUGUUAAUGAUGAAGGUGAUGUUGCAAGACAAGUGGAGGGUGAGGUUCACGGUGAGGUUGAGGGUCAGGUUGAAGUUGGAACAAAAAUAGAGGAGGGUCACUAUGAGGGUCAGGUUGAGGGUCAAGCUGAAGUUGGAACAAAAAUGGAGCAGGGUGAGAGUGAAGUUGCUAAACAGAUUGAACAUGUUGAGGAGGGUGAAGUACAUGAUGUAGAGGAGGUUGUGGUACAUGAUGUAAAUGAUUUUGAGCUAGAAUAUGUAGAAGAGGAUGAGAAUGAGGAUGAUCAUGUAGAUGAGGCUGAGGAUGAGGCUGGAGAUGAUGGUCAGGAUGAGGGUGGAGAUGAUGUUGAGGAUAAGGAUGAGGAUGUAGAUGAUGGUCAUAAGGAAAAUGUACAAGAUGAUGAGGAUGAAGAUGUAGAUGAGUCUAUGAGUGAAGAAAGUCUAGUUGAUGUCACCAUUGAGUGUGACAUUGGUACUUCGAAAGAAAAUGUGAGGGAAGAACAACCUUGCACUCCAGUAGGUGAGUCUUCAAGGACAACUGAUAAUGAUUCCAUGCAUGAUGUUCGUGGCUUGUUUGACAUUGAGUGGGUGUCAGAUGAGUUGGAUAGUGGUCCAGAUAGUGAGGAGGAGGGUGAUUCCAUUCGAAGAACUUUGUUUCCCACAUUUAGCAUGCCUAAAAGUUUGGGGAUUAUAAAUGGGAAGUAG